UCCUCUUCCGGAUUCGCAACCACGGCAUCUCUCUCCCUCUCUCUCUCUCUCUCUCUCUCUCUCUCUCUCUGUGGAUCCCCUUCGUUCCUUCCUCAUCUCCCUCUCGCGCACAUCACUAACGCUCGCUCUAAAGCUUUUCGCACACCUCCGCAAGGUUGAUUAACCAUCAACCUUGAAGAUGCCAUUUGAUAUUGUGUCUAAACCAAGGGCAGAUACAUUUAGGAGUGUUGCCGUUGGUGAAUGGAAUGUUGGGGCGAUCAUCAGCAGUGACUUUACCGACCCAUGAAUACUCAGCAUCCUGCUCUCUCUUGUUGGAUACUUCAAUUCCAAUACCAAAUUUGGUGCUGCCUAUAUGUAAAUCAUCAUGUGGAUUCAGGCCCAUUGUUCGAAUGAGUGCAAGCCGAAACAACAGUUGUAAUUUAAGUUGCACUUCGAAAAAGUGGAGGAUACACUCAGUUGAACAGGUACAAGCAGUUCUAUUAGAAGACGAACAGAAGAAAACAUGGGAGACGUGCACAGAAAUACUCUCCACAUUAAAAUUUUCGAUUGAGGAAGCAGACUCCAUUCUCAAAAAGGCAUUUGGCUGGGUUCAUUCACCCUAUUGGGGGGAAGAAAGAAGCAAGGAAGUUCCAAAGGUACAAAAGGUAAAUGAGAUGUUGGAUUACAUCAAAGGUUUGGGCCUUAAUGAUGAGGACCUAUACAAAAUACUGAAGAAGUUUCCUGAGGUGCUUGGAUGCAGUCUAGUUGAUGAAGUGCAGACUAACAUUGACAUGCUGGAGAAGGAUUGGGGAAUCAAAGGGCAAGCUCUUCGUAAUCUUCUUAUUAGGAAUCCUAAAGUUUUGGGCUACAAUGUGGAUUGUAAGGGAGACUGCAUGGCUCAGUGCACUAGAUGUUGGGUUCGAUUUUAGAACAGUGAUGAAGGCUACAAGUAGCCAAUUGUCUUGCAAUGUGUCUGUAUUCUUUCAACCUUUCCCAUGCCACAUCAUAGUAGUUAUUUUAAAAUGUUAUUAUGAGAUUUGGGUACACCUUUAAGAUGGAAAUUUAGUUUGAGUAUUCUUCAUGAAGCUGUAUUGGAAACCAAAAGAAGCAAUAAAUACCAAGCAUUCAAUUUA